GUCAAUGAGAUGCCAUCCUUGCAGCCUUGCAUUUUAUAUGACCGACGAAGAAAUCCAAAAGGGCAUCUUGUAUCCAUCUAUCGAUAGUUUUUAUGGUUUAGCUGGGUAUGCUACCAAUGUAUCAUUUGCCUGUCACAAUCAUCAGGACGCAAUUUGGAAAACUUGAUAUCUUGGUCAAUAAUGCCGCAAUUACUGGAGUCAUUACGAACCAUCAAUGUUUCGCUAGAGCUGUUGAACGUUUUGGAGAUUGGCCAGUUGGGGAGCAAGUCUGGAACGAGAUUAUUACGAAGCAAACCCAUGAGCUGGCAGAAGACUGCCUGAAAACGAACUAUUAUGGUAUGAAAGGAAUGGUUGAAGCACUUGCUCCCUUCCUCCAGCUAUCUGAUUCAGCAAGGAUUGUGAACAUUACCUCUUAUCUCGGAUUAUUGAAGCUUAUGUCCAAUGAAUGGGCCAAAGGAGUGUUAAGUGAUGGAAACCUCACAGAAGAGUGAGUGGAAGAAGUUUUGAGCCAGUUUCUUAAAGAUUUUAAAGAUGGAACGAUGACAACCAAAGGGUGGCCAACUUAUUUGGGACCAACUGCUUAUUCUAUCUCAAAAGCAGCUGUGAAUGCCUACACUAGGAUACUAGCCAAGAACUACCCCAGUUUCUGCGUCAAUUGUGUUGCCCCAGGGUUUGUCAAAACGGAUAUCACUGGCAAUGCUGGCUACUUAACUGCUGCAGAAGGGGCAGAGUAUGCAGUGAGAGUGGCCUUGCUACCCAUUGGUGGUUCUUCAGGCCUAUUAUUAGAUCGCCAAGAAGUUUUAAAUUUUUGAAGGAAAUGAUUAAUGAUCCAUUACAACUUGGUCAAUGACCGAAAUGUUCCUAUUUCUCCUAUGUAGGUUCUGCAAUUCCAAAUUACAGCUCUUAAUAAUACAGAAAAGACAACAAAA